CGUCGACGACCAUGGCCUCCCCGUCGCUCGAUGCCGUGCGUUGGAGCGAAUACCGGGCGCUCAUGCAAGCGUGGGAAGCGUUUAACCCACACAGGGAGCUCCUGCGUCGGUUUUUACAGAAGCAAUCGCACACGGAGCAGUGCCCACCCGGCGUCCCGUACGUACCAGAUCUGCCGGAGCCGGAGUACUUCGCCGUGAAGAGACGAAUCGAGGCCGGGGAAACCGUUCCAUGUCCUGGAUUCUUACGCGAACGCGACAACCGGCGCAAUCAAUGCCGCUGCGGGGCUCCACUCAGAGUUGAUGACACUGGCAAUAUCUCCUGCACUUCCAAAAUUCCCCGUCAUGAGAACUAUGGUCCUGUACCUCGUUGCUGUUGCUGGGCCGAAGAAGAGCACGCUCGUAACCAACGACAUGACAUGCCGCCGUAUAUUUUAAGGCCGCCACCCAUAGUGUCCCCCCCUCAAGUACCACCGUCGUCUCAAGUGCUCUUGAGCUUUUUGGAGGGGGUCAGGCCAAGCAUGAACGCCAACUACCUGCGAUGCGUUCAAGACAUAGACGAAGAGCUCGCUCGUCUGAAUGAGCAGCUUGCGGACAACAGCAUUUCAACGACGAGGCGUGAAGCGAUUCAACAGCAUAUAGUGAGCGAACGCUCCAAACUUGAGGCCAAAGACACACAGUUACAAGAUUUUUUUAACACGACGACCGCACUGGCAGAAUCCGUGCACACGUUCGAGCACAGAGUGGCAGAGAAAUACCAGAAAGCUGUGGAUGCAUACAUUAAAGCGCAACUGGAUGAAGUGGUCGUACCUCCGGAUAGUAGAGGGAAUCCAAAGUUUAAGGACUCAGUCGAUGGCAUCGACAGAGAGUUGGCCAAGUUAGAAUCAGAAAAUGGAGGCAUCUCCAACGACAGCGCUCGCGCUCGCGUCGCCUCCAAACGUAAGAGCGUGGAAGAGUGUGAAUCAGAGCACAAGCGCCUCAAAACCACUUCGGUUGAGUACAACUUGUCUAUUUUGAAAGGGAGUUUGGAAAAAGACAAAUCUAUGUCUGCUGAAGACAAAAGACGCUGGGAAUGCGUCAUAAACGCCGUCGGGUUGUUACGAGCAAACGAUGCACCAAGAACGCCGUAGCAACAGUAUGGGCAAACAGUUAGGCGUUCUCCAUGGCCUCCAUUCGCGCGACCAGAGCGUUGACGCGCUCUUCGAGUUCGUCGAUGCGGCGUUGUUUAGCGUCGUUCGCGCUCUCUACAUCGGCGCGACAUAG